AUGAUCAGCUUGCCCCCUCUUACUGGCGAUAUCAGUGUUUCUGUCAACAAAAGUGCUCAAAAGACCGCGCCUGUGCGCCGUCCUGUGGAAGCUGUUGGCCGCUACUUCAUGCACCAUGCCCAAAGAACCUUGAGAAACCACACCUGGUCCGAAUUCGAGAAGAUCCAAGCCAGCCAAAACGUCAAGCGUGUUGAUGAAUCCGUGGACCCCGAUGAGGCCCUCCUAGAUGACGAGUUGGCUGAUGAGUCCUUGUUGGAACACGACCCAAGAGACUGGAAAACAGCAGACUUGUAUGCUGCUAUGGGCCUUUCUAAGCUUCGUUACAGAGCUACUGAUACUCAAAUCGUAAAGGCACACAGAAAGCAAGUGUUGAAGCAUCACCCUGAUAAGAAAUCGGCUUCCGGUGGUUUGGAACAAGACGGCUUUUUCAAAAUCAUCCAAAAGGCGUACGAAGUCCUUACUGAUUCGACCAAAAGGGCCCAAUAUGACUCGUGCGAUUACAACGCUGAAGUUCCUCCUCCAAAGAAGGGCUCCGCGUAUGAUUUUUUCGAAGCCUGGGGCCCAGUUUUCGACUCUGAAGCUCGCUUUUCCAAGAAGAAACCAGUGCCAGGUCUAGGCGGCCCAGACGCCUCUAAGGAGGACGUUGAGAAGUUCUACAACUUUUGGCACAGAUUCGACUCCUGGAGAACUUUUGAAUUUGCUGACGAAGAAGUUCCAGAUGACUCUUCCAACAGAGAUCACAAGCGUUACAUCGAAAGAAAGAACAAAGCGGCCAGAGACAAGAAGAAGACUGCAGACAACUCCCGUCUCGCGAAGUUGAUUGAAAGAGCCAGCAGUGAAGAUCCUCGUAUCAAGUCUUUCAAGGACAACGAAAAGAAGGAAAAGGAGAGAAAGAAGUGGGAAAGAGAAGCGGGUGCCCGUGCUGAAGCUGAGGCUAAGGCCAAGGCUGACGCGGAAGCCAAGGCUAAGGCUGAAACUGACGCUGCCGCUGCUGCCAAUGCCAAGGUGGACAAGAAGAAGGCUAAGGAAGCUGCUAAAGCUGCCAAGAAGAAGAACAAGAGAGCGGUUCGUAGUGCACCUGAAGCUGCUGGCUACUUUGGUGACGCCGACAAAUCCGCCACCAUCGACGAACAGGUCGGGUUGAUCGUCGAUACUGUCGACGACGAGCAGUUAGUUGCUCUAGCCGAAAGCAUCAAGGCUGAUGCCAAGGCUGCUCUUCAAGAGAUCGCCCAAAAGUUGGUCGAGUCCAAGAAGUUGCCAGCUUCUUUGUUGUCUUACUUCGCCUAA